UCGGUUCAUUAAAGUUUCAUAAGCUAAUUUAACUUGUCAAUCAGGGCUACACUUAGACACCAUUUCAUUUAAUUAUUUUAUUUUAAGUGGCUCAAUUCUGAUUAAACUGUGAUCGAUAAUAGUGCUGAAAGUAUUAUAAAAAUCAAACAAAAACCCGUCCUUACGAAGUAACAAAGUAGUGAAGAAAAAUUACUCAGUAUACAUAGGUAACUAAAAGCCAACAGAUUUCUUAUUUGGAGCUGUUUAAAUCUCAUAAAAUGUUGUGUAACAAUAGAGACUAUAACUUGAUGAUAUAAAAAACCAUCUAGUUCUGUGGCUAUACGCGCUUUGUCAUGACAUGGAAUUACGUCCUCUCUGCUUGGAGUCGGUAAUUACCACCUGCAAUUCACGCUGUCAAUCAAAUAAAAUCACAUACCACAAAACUAUAUAUAAUGCCUGACCAGAAUGAACAUUGUAAAAUGAAAAUCCCAAUCUGCAUGUUUGUUUUUGUGCUCGUCGCAGGUGAAAAAAACCUGGAUAUGGACGUAUCGGUUUUGACCAAUUUCGUUGUUAACUUGGUUAAAACCAAGCAUACAAUUGUAUUUUCUUGUUCGCUCAAAGACUUUCGAGAAACGACUUUUGCUCUGAUGGAAAGAAACCAAUUUGUGAGCGUCGUACACCUCAACGAUACUUAUUCCCUACCAUCUAUAUUGACUAUAGAUAGUCACGCUCGAACCUCUAUCCUAGUAAAUGCAAGAUGCAGUGGAUCAUCUGAGCUUCUUUUUGAAGCCUCUGAAAAUAGAUACUUCAACAAAAGCUACCAAUGGUGUAUCUGGGGUGUGGAUCUUGACGUUCAAUCGUUAUUUCCUUUAAAACUUAAUUAUGUAGGUCCAAACGCUCAGAUUACCUAUGUAAAUGAAACUAACGACGGCUACGCAUAUUGGGAUGUUCAUUCAAAAGGUCGCCAUUUAAAAUCGCAGUUGGAAAUACAUUUGAUAGCUACUUUAAUAAAUGGCACAAUUAAUAUUAUAAGCGAUAUUACUCAUUUGCAAAGCAUUGAUUUUCGCGGACAAUUUAACGGAUUGACACUUAGAGGAGCCAGCGUUAUCGAUAAGGAAAAUAUUAUUUCAAACGAGCAAAUUGAAUCUAUUCUUUCGCGCCCCACAAAGGACUCUGGAGUAGCUGCAUUUAUAAAAUAUCACUACGAGCUUUUGGGACUUUUACGUGAGCGUUUCAACUUCACUGUUAACUUUCGUAAUUCUAGAGGAUGGGCUGGUCGGUUGGGAAAUACUACCUUUCGGCUUGGUCUUUUGGGAAUAGUUAUGCGAAACGAGGCUGAUAUUGCCGCAUCUGGAGCAUUUAAUCGCAUUAACCGUUUCGCAGAGUUUGAUAUAAUUCAUCAAAGCUGGAAAUUCGAAACUGCUUUUCUAUACCGAUAUACUCCAGACUUAUUUACGCCUGGAGGGGAUAGUGCUGCGUGGGCAGGAAACUUUCUGUCACCAUUUAGCGCCAGAGUAUGGUUCUUCUCGUUAUUAACUCUAGCUGCUUUUAGCAUAAUUUGGGUGCUAUUUGAAGUUAUAGACGGAAAGUUUUUAGAUAAAAGAGAUAAUUCUCAAAAACAAGAAACCUCAACUGAGUGUGCACUCAACGCGAAGGACAAACUUAAAGCGGCAUGCAUCGAACGUGUUCUGCAGACAUUUGGAGCUUGUUGUCAACAGGGAAUGGACCCGAAUCCGAAAGACCGUUCUGUACGCUUUCUUGUAAUGACCCUUUUUUUGUUCUCUCUUGUAAUGUACAACUAUUAUACAUCUUCUGUGGUUGGAGGAUUGUUGAGCUCUUCAGAUCAAGGUCCGGCUACUGUUGAUCAGAUAACUUCUAGUCCUUUAACAAUUUCAUUUGAGGAUAUCGGCUACUACAAAGUUUUAUUUCGAGAAAGUAAAAAUCAAUCCAUUACAAGACUAAUAGAAAAGAAACUGUCCUCUUCGAGAAGUUCUAAAGAACUGCCGAUUUUCAGCCAUAUUGAGGAAGCUGUUCCAUAUCUCAAAGCCGGCGGCUUCGCUUUUCACUGUGAAGUAGUUGACGCUUACCCGGUAAUUGCUGAAUUUUUCGAUGCGAAUGAGAUCUGCGAUUUGCGUGAAGUCUCUGGCUUAAUGGAGGUUGAAAUAUUAAAUUGGAUUUUACACAAAAACAGCCAGUAUACUGAAAUAUUUCGAACGGCUAUGUGUAACGCCCAGGAAAAAGGUUUUGUGGAACGCAUCCUACGACGGCGACAGAUUAAAAAGCCCACCUGUCUAUCGCUAUACACUGUUUACCCUGUAAGCAUAUCAGGAGUUUUACCAGCAUUUAUUAUUUUAAUCUGUAUGCAUGAUAUGAUAAUUCGAAAAUCUUCAGAUUUAAUUAAUCUUCCUAUUACAGGUGGGAUUAUAGUUUCGCUGACGCUUUUGUGUGUGGAGAAAUUGUAUGUGAGGCUGAAAAUGGCAAACUGCCGAGUUUAACAUUUUUUUUUUUAUUUAGCAAGUUUUUAAAUGAUU